GUAACCGUCGCUUGGGUCUGGCCUUUGCCGGCUGGAAUGUAAUAAUUGAGUUCCUGUGAACCACGGGACGCGAGACUGAGACUCGCGUGGCUAACCCGAGACAACUCAAGUAGCACCACGGUUUAUGUUUUGUCUUUCAACAGUGUAUUUUAGGGGGGAGAUUUUGACAAAAGUGACUGAGAUCUCAUCUAUUACGACUCGAUCAUGAGGAUAUUCUCUGCUCCUUGAGCCGAGCUUUUCAACAGAAUUGAACUCCUGGGCGUACUCGAGGGUCUCCCAUUCCAAUUUGAUCAAUCAAAGUUGGCUUGUGCUUGACGGGUUACUAGAUUUGUGAUUGUGUGCACAGUGCGGAAUGCGCCUUAGAUCCGAAUGCGAGAGGGGUAAACCUCUAACUAAAGUGGACCGUAUUUCUCAGAUCGCCAAUACUGUACGGUCCAAGCCGUAACGCCCCCCUCGCCUGGAGACUCAUCCCGUGCCAGUUGCUGGGCUUAGUGAGUACGCCACCAAAAGUCAUCGACGUUCUGCACUGUAUUUAGAGAAAAACACUCAAAUGCUAGUGGAUCCCCUGAACUCAUCACUCCAGUCCUUCUACAAAAAACGAGCUUGGCCAAGCGCGGACUUGACUAGGCGUCACUGGGCUGAUAUCCGGGUUCCAUCGUACGAUUUUCUACCCUCCUCUCAAACUGAAUUCCUUGCAUCCAUCGCUCGUCUCCGAAUCAUCGCUCAAAUCGCUUAUUCUUCCAUCAGCAAUUUUACCUGCUACUCGUUGCCAGUCGAACCAUAAUCGCGAGACUGCGCUUCUCUUCCCUUGUUGUAGAACCCCUGUACUGCCCUUUCUCACCCGUCAACCGUUCGGCAACACCCGUUCAAUCAUUCGAUCAGAGAGUCAUUGAGACAACCAUCGAUUCAUUCUGUGGUUGCAGCACGCCCUCACCACCGAACCUCUCUAUCUUAUCCACCGAUUGAUCGCCUUAGCAGAGGCUACAGGCCUGUCGACUAUUGCAGGCUGACCCUCAGCACAGCCUGUAGCUGUAGCUGCCACUGUAGCUGGAGCCAUAGCCAGUAGGUGAGGCCAUCGCGGUCAAGUCCACUCCUCGGCCGAGAGACUCAAUUGAACAGGCCACGCCGGGAAUAGAGGCCAAUUCAACCCAACUGGACAGACAACAUCGACCCUUGCUCUUAGUAUCGUCGGCCAAAGGCCCUCGUCUUCCCGAAAGGCCUCGCUCGACCACGGCGACUCCUUCGGGGUCACCCCAAGCACUGGGUCUCUCAAUCAGGCCAUCGCAACUGCAUUGCAUGGUGCUGGCCUAUCCCCAUCAUGCCCGGCUCCCGCUUCUCCGACAUGGCCGACCAUGAUUCUACCAACAGCCUCUAUGGCCUUCAAGAUCCGAAUCUAGGUGGUUUCGUCGAUGAUGGCUCGGUCGUGAAAUCCGACCCCUCCUCAACCUCCCUGCCCAACGAUUCCUCCCGUCCCCAGACCCAGCAACAAUACUACGACGCUGCAUGGCAGUUCACCGGCACGCCCCCUUACGACUCGUACGACCCCUCUAGCAGCACCGCACCUCCUGCUCAAACCAGCUAUCAACCUUCUCCUUGGAAUCUCGCUUUCGGUCAGGAUCAGCAGAACCUUCAACAGCUUCCCAUCUCUACCGGCAUCGACGGCCUUCCGGCAACCACUCUCAGCCCCGAAUCAAUCUACGCCGCUUCAAAUCCUUCCCUGCGACAGGCUAGUUUCAACGACAACACCGUACUUCAGCCAGCCCUUAUCAGCCAUCUGACUCCUGCUCUGCAGGAGAAGCUGCGCAACAUCGCCAUGCCGCCACAUCUCCAAUACCACUCACCGAAGAGCGCCUCUAGCCCGGACUCAGCAAAUGGCGAACUCAGAAGGGGUGUUUUUUCGUCACCGGAUCCCGCCGAUGGAUCUUCGAAAGCAUCGCGAAAGCGCAAGUCUUCCGCCGACCCUGAGGACGAAGAGGAAGAGGAAGAGGAUGGCGAUCAACCAGUGAAGAAGACCGCCCAUAACAUGAUUGAGAAGCGAUAUCGAACCAAUCUGAAUGACAAGAUCGCCGCUUUGAGAGAUAGCGUUCCCAGUCUUCGCAUCAUGUCGAAGAGCGCGCGAGGUGAAGACACGACUGAAGAUCGCGAGGAACUCCAUGGUCUGACCCCAGCUCAUAAGCUGAACAAGGCUACAGUUUUGAGCAAGGCGACUGAAUAUAUCCGACAUCUCGAGAAGCGUAACAAUCGGCUACUCGACGAAAAUGGUGCUAUGCAAGCCCGAAUUGCCGCCUUCGAAAAGCUUUUCAUGGCCGGGGCGAUGAAUGGCGCCAUCAGCCCUCUUCAGCAACCACCUACGCCAAUCCAAUAUGCACAGGAUGCGCAGCAGUUUGUCGGAGGCCCGUCACAGGACGGCAACGCGCAACCAGGAGGAAUGAUUCAAGUUCCCGAUGAUAUGAAGAGAAUCAUUACGCAACAAAUGGCUUCUGGCCAACCAUAUCCUGUACCCCAACAACAGUUUCGCGGUGGAAAUCCCGCGCUCAUUCGACAGCAGCAGCUUCAACAGCAACAGCAAAUGCAGCAAGGUCGGUGGAACAAUGCCGGCCCUUACUUUGGUAAAUUGAUGGUCGGCUCACUUGCCGGUCUCAUGAUUCUGGAGGCGAUGCGUGAGGAUGAAGUCAGCAAUGAGAAGCCUGAAGGUCGUGGUUUGUUCGCUAUGCCUAUUCAGCUUCUGAAGAGUGCAGCGAGCGGCCUUGACUUGACCGUCGGAGGCUAUCAUCUACAUACUUCACUUCGAAUUAUUCUCCUACUUGGAACAUUCCUUUGGGUGUUUGUUCCUUCACUAUUCACACAAGCUCCACAAAAGUCGAAGAAACCACAAGUCGGGGUCCUUCAGGCAGCGCCAUCGCUCGCUUCACCAAUUCAUGUCCGCCGACAAGCUUGGCUUACCGCUAUCCAGACCGUAUGGGUCCCUCGUCACAAUUUCUUCCUCGAGGCGGCAGCUCUCAUCUUGAAGACUCUCAAGCUCAGCCUCCGAAAUGCAAUUGGAGUUCAUGGUUAUCAAGCAAUCACCGGGUUGACUCAGGAGCAGGAAACCGCUCGUGUCCAGGCCUGGAGCAUUGCCCUCGACUCGCAGUUGGCUGGCGGCGACGUUGAGAUCAACAAGAGCCGUCUUAUUCUCACACUCCUCGCUUCCGGCACUCUCCCCGACACUCCUGCUAGGCUCAUGCUCAAGGCCCUCCAUAUUCGCGUUCUUCUCUGGGACCUGAGCCAGAACCGACUUCAACUUGGGGCAAUCAACAUCGUCGCUGCCAAACUUGCUCGUAGCAAGUGGAACGAGGCCCGUCAGCUGAAUCGUCUCCUUACUCAACUUCACCGCCAGUCCUCCGAGCAGCAUGACGAUUUGCCCGAACAUCUCGCUCUGUUAGUUGAACAAGACUGCGAUGAAGUGCUCAACGACGAUGUUAUUCAGCGAGCGCACAACCUGGCUUUCAAUACCGAUACUGAUUACAACGUUGUGACCCCUAUGGAUAGCAUGGAUUCUGUUGUUGAUGACACCGCUAUUGGGUCUCCCCUUGAUGCUGUUGCUGCCUGGUGGUCGACCCAAUUCCUACACCGAACUUUGGUCGCCACAUUGGAAAAGGACGAAGAAAUGCUCAGCACUAAGGUAGAAGAUAUCGAACUCACCAUCAAGGCUGCACCCUUGGGGUCAACCGCACAGGCUCGGGCUAUCGUGGCACGAGCAGUUCUCGUUGAUAAGGCACGCGGCGCUAACAUCGCCUCUGCCUUACAAUCAAUGGGCAACGAAAAGGUCGAUGCUCUCCUGAGCUCUUCCAUUUGUGUCGUUGACUCAAGCUUCCAGGCUUCUACUCCCGAUCUCCGACUUGCCCUACGAUGCGCCAUGGCCAUCGCUCACCUCCGACGCGUCGAAUGCACUCCCGGAAGCACCCACCAAGGACUCCGUAUGAUUGAGUCAAUCAUGACCCGUGGCAACGCCCUGCAGAUGUCUCUUCUUGGAUGCACCGCAACCCUCGAGUUGAUGGAGGAGCUCUACGAGCACAAAGCAGCAGCUGAGACCUUCCAGGCCUCUCUUGAGCGACUAUCUGGUGGUCUUCGUCUAUGGAUGGGCGGAUCUCCCGGGGAGAAGUGUGGCGUUGCUUCUGAUGUACGAGAGAAGGUCGUUAGCCGGUGCCUGGCCAUCAACAAGAGCGUGGUGGGAAUUGAUUCGGAUACCGGCUACGGAAGCCUUGAUGAAUGUGAAGAUGACGGAUGUUAGACGACCAGGAGCAACUUUUCCCUUUUACUUUUCACUUUUAUAAGCGACAUACACACCGAUACACUUUUCCGCCACUCCACUUCGAUCACCUCUUCACGAUCUAUUCUGCUUGUUGCUCUUCCGAGAUGACUAUCUGUACGAAAACGGUUAUUAGAUUGGUGGGAAAUCCCGGUGCUUAUUAUUCACGGAGUUUUAACUUGGCAACGGGUAAAAGGACAAUCAAACAAUACAUGGCGAAGGACAUAUUAUUUUUAACGGACUUUCUGAUGGACUCAGCAUAUGCGGAAGUGUGUUGAAGUGUUUCGACAAACAAAGAUAUUUUUCCUUAUUCUCAUUCAAAGUACAUUAUUAUGGCUUAAUUCCCUGCUAUCGUGUGUCGUGAUAUUUGCUGCUGGGUGGCGUGGUGAGCCGUCAGAAUUGUUUAACCGAGGAGUUCAAAGCGAUCUCAAGAUUGGGUAUCCGCAGAAGAUACAAUAGUAUGAGUCUUGAAGGGCCUUAAACCAAAGCUGACGUAGGCUCAUCAUGCUUCUUCAUAGGGAGGGGAGGAGACUUUGACUAAGAUGGAACUUGCAAAUUCUAGAAAUCAAAGGGACCUUGACUCGGAUUGAGAGCAGUCCUACAAACGAGAGUUCUGAAGACACAUAUGAUCUCGAGCGACCUGAGGACACUGAGCUGAGCCUCACAUUCAAGGGUAAGUGCACGAUAUGAAGACUCCAGCGAUGUUACCGGCCAGGAGGACGAAGAAUGCUUAUCGCCGGUCCAACUGUGAGUAUUCUGACGGUAAACUACAACAGUGGGCAUCCUAGGAUGAACACCCGGAGACCCUAUUCAGCACGACGACACCGAGCAAUUUGCCAAGUCUCCUAAUGCCCUGAUAUUGGUUGAAUUCGAAUGGCUGGACAAUACCAACCAAGAGCAUGAAUAUUGACUUGGCGAUCGAUGCCCGACAAGCACUGGACAAGCUUGAUACCACUUCAAGUGUUUGGAUGAUUUGACAAACCAUGCCAGAAGUUACCAACCUAUCUUUAGUAAGAGAUCCAAUCAUUUGAUUUACCAAAUUCACAUGGUUCUACUGACACUCAAGAACAAGAAUAGCUUUCCCGGGGAGCCUCGCAAUAUCUUCUGCCUAAUGUUCAUCGCUAGGGCAUCAGGCCGUGCGUGACAUUCGAGUACAGGGAAAUUUGAGACCGUUUUAUAGUAGAUUAUGACCAAGUCCAAAACCCCUUGCCGAAAGAGGGACUUAGCUUUCUGACUGGGAUGGAGUGUUACGUUGAUACUGGCGACUUCACUGCCAACACCAAGAAGUCUUCCUUCAAAGACUCGAUGCAAGAACUGGGAGACAGCGUGGGAGAAUAUCAUCGAAGUGUAGAAUAAUGAGGCAUGACCUAGGAUGUAGCAAAGCUUCUAACGCAUAUUAUUCAAGGCAGCAUGCACUUCAUUCGCUAAUCAUAAAUUUCCCGGUAGAUUCGUGAUAACACA